AUGCUGAGAAUUGGUGGGUACGAUGUCAAAAGGGUGAUGAUUGAUCAGGGUAGUGCUAUUGAUAUAAUGUACCCAGAUUUGUACAAGGGGUUAAAUCUGAAGCCAGAUGACUUAGCAGCCUACAGAUCCCCUCUGGUGAGUUUUGAGGGAAGGAUGGUCGCUCCAAAAGGACAGAUCAAAAUACCCGUGCAAACCGGUAUGGAUGUGGUGGAGGUGGACUUCAUUGUUGUAGACGUUUUCUCUCCAUACACGGUUAUUAUGGGCAAACCUUGGCUUCAUACCCUGGGAGAAGUCUCAUCUACUCUACAUCAGAAAGUGAAGUACCCAUCUGGAGGCCAAGUAUUGGAGAUAGUAGGAGAUGGACCAGCCGACGAGGUAAAGUGUGAAGAUUUGGAGAGGGUAAUUGUUACUGAUGAUUCGAAAAGAUUCUUCCACGUUGGGGCUAAACUGCCUUUGCAAGAGAAGGAGCGAUUACUGGAAUUCCUCAAAGCAAAUGUAAAUGUGUUUGCAUGGAGCCCAUAUGAAGCCCCAGGUGUAGAUUUGAAUUUCAUUUGUCAUCGACUCAACGUGAAUCCUUUCGUUAUUCCCAAAAGACAACCACCUCGACGACCAUCAAAAGAGCACACUAAAACUGUUAGAAGUGAGGUGGCCAAGCUCAAGCAGGCUGGGGCUAUCAAAGAAGUUUUUUACCCACAAUGGUUAGCCAAUACGGUGGUGGUAAAGAAGAAGAAAGGAAAGUGGCGAGUGUGCAUGGAUUUCACGGACCUCAAUAAGGCUUGUCCCAAGGAUCCUUUUCCCAUGCUGAAGAUAGAACAAUUGGUGGAUGCAACCGUUGGUCAUCCCCGGAUGAGUUUUUUGGAUGCCUUUCAAGGAUAUCACCAAAUACCGUUAGCAUUGAACGAUCAAGAGAAGACGGCUUUUGUCACCCCUAUUGGACUAUCAUUAUAA